GAAAAUGGAAUUCUUUGUACAGGGCUCCACCGGAUAGACCGUCACUAAAGAUGAUUCGGACACUCGACCUAACAUCUUGUAGUGAUGACGAGUGCCUUCCAACCUUGUAUUGAUCUCAGUCGCCCACACAGUGUACUUCUCAGCCCUGUCCACCAUGAACAGCAUGCAGAUGGCGGAUCGGGAUCAUGCAUCUCCUCGAAUUCGCAUUACAACGGUCAACAGUCUGUGAAAAAAUUUCACUCUGCGCCCAUUCUUCCGGCCGUCUUGCACUAUGAUCUGCUUGAAUCAGUUGACGAACCGAACGAAUCGCAAAAAUCUAUCCGGUCCAGAGACGAAGAAAAUUGGCCAUCAGCUUAUAAGGAGACGCAGUCAAACCACUACACGAGCGUUGAAGACGAUCAACAGACCGUCGAUUCACUUCACCGAUCGCUAUGGAACAAUGACACAACAAGUCACCGGUCCUACCCAGCAUCCACGAAUGCGACAGACGCGCUUUCGUUUACUCGAAGACGCAAAUUUUACGGCCGUGAAUGGGUGUUUGCCAAGAUUCUUAAAUACCUCAGAUGCUCCCUGCGAGACGAAAGGCUCGGAACUUUUUUGGACAACGGAGAUAAAGCCUCCUUCUCCGAAGCCCUUACGGCCAUUUCGGACACAGAUGUUUCUGGCAGAAUUGCUCCUUCGGGUGGUAUGAUUGCUCGAAAUAUUGUAAUCGUGGGCGGGCCAGGUUCCGGCAAGACCACCAUUUGCCGACGAAUCGUGGAUGCAUUUAGAAGACUACAUAGUAGUCAGCCUCCUACGGAGACAGAAGCAAUUGGCUCGUCAUGUGUCCAAGUGGCUGAACAUCUACUCUGUAUCCAUUUUUGUUCCAUUCAACUUGCCGACACUCUUGAUCCACACAACUUCGUUCAAUCCGUGCAUCGUCAGUUGGUGUCGGAGAAUUGUCCUUUGAGAGAAGCAUAUCUCCAAGCACUGGGUGACAACAAUGCUGAGUGCGGAACAUGGUUACAAUGUGGUCGAAUUCUGACCUCAACAAGCGAGGCAUUUCGUCAUGGUGUCUUGACGGCACUGCGCAAGAUAUCUUCUUUCACCCCUACCUCAUCUGUGUACAAAUACAGCGACUCUGAAAACACAUUGUGCCGGACAACUGAUCGCGUCCUCCCGUACUUGCUGAUCGUAGAUGGGCUGGACGAAUCAGAAUUCCACAGGCAUUUCGACCCCAGAGACAGUGCUUCUCAAGAUCGAACGAUAUCCACCUCUUCAGAUUAUCCCAACACUUCACCAUCCCUGAUGGAACAAAGUUUGACUUCGAUUAAACAUAAUCAUUCCAUUUCAGAGCUGUUGGUGGAUAAUUUGGAGCAUUUUCCCUCUUGGAUGAGCUUGUUGUUGACUUGUCGGCGUCAGCACAGAAACACCAUUAGCCGCUUGUUCCCAGGGAUCCGCCGCAUCAGUAUUGACGAUUUGCACCGGCCAUGUGUUGUUCACGAUGUACAGCAAUACAUAUUGUCUCGUUUGUCUGACGAACGCAGUCUGCAACAUGCACUGCGUGUGCACAUGCACUCCGAUGUACUUGGCUUGCUUCGCAUCAAAUCCAGUGCCUGCCUACUGUAUCUAGAGACAUUACUCGAUGGUAUUGCUGAUGAGUGGAUAGCACCGGACGAAUUAGCCGCUGUUCCAGGCACGCUGAAUGGGCUGUACUUAUGGCUGUGUCAACGGAUGUGUGGAGCCCAUGGGGGAAAAUCGUCUACUGCCUCAUUUGCCAAAGUACGCCCCCUAUUAGAAGUGAUACUUUCUUCAAACAGAUCGAUCAGUGAGGAGGGUUUGUACAAAAUUUUAUCUUUUUCUUACCCUGACCUAGACGAGUUCACUUUCCACGAUAGACUUAGCGUUUUGAGCAGGGUGCUCAUUGCUGUCUGUCCAGAAGAAGAAAGAGAAGAAUUCUUUAUGCAUUAUCUCGGUGAUUUCGAGGGCGAAAAGGAAUCACAAUCAGGGAAAAAGAUCCACCUCUUUCAUCCCAGUUUCGCUGAGUGGUUAUUAGAUGUGAAACAUUGUACACACACUUUCUUGUGCGACAAAUCCCGUGGUGCUCAACUAAUUGAACGAUAUCUCACCGGAACAGCUCUUCACGACCCUUUGCCUACUCAGUCAGAAGAUGAAGCUUAUCAGGAAUCGACGCAUGAUACCACAAUCGCAUUAAGCGGUCACCCUUCCUCUCAAUAUCCCAUUCAAGAUAGACAAGAAUUAGAACUUACUCAGCUAAAGUCUUUGCAACCAACUCAACCUGAAGCACUUGACUCCAGCUUCUGUUAUUAUUACACAAACCACACGACAAGUGAUAUUUUGAAACCUGAACCCACAGAGUGUGCCCUGAACAACAAACGGAUAAAGAGCAGCCCAGAAUCUCAUUCGAUAGUGUUUGCCGCACGCAGGGGAGAGUUUGCCCGUGUUGAUAGCCUGCUUAAGGCCGGCGCCGAUCCAAACCAGAUGGAUGAAGAUGGUUGGUCUGCACUGCGGACGGCUGCUUGGCGGGGCCAUUCUGACAUCGUCGAAUUGCUCUUAUGCCAUGGGGCAUCUGUCAACUUAUCUGGACCUGAUGGUCGGAGUGCACUGAGGGCAGCGGCAUGGGCUGGACACGAGGAAAUUGUUCAACGAUUGAUCGACGCCGGUGCGGAUGUGGAUAUUCAAGAUGCCGAGGGGCGUUCACCGUUGAUCGCCGCCGCUUACAUGGGUCACGUUGGAGUGGUGGAACUACUCUCACAGGCCGGUGCGAAUCUGGAUCACGCGGAUGAAGACGGAAGAACCGCGUUACAUGUGGCCACUUUCUGCGUCCGGCCUUCAACGACGCAUUUGGAAGUGGUCUCCUGUUUACUGGAGUACGGAGCCAAUCCAAAUUUGUUCGACAGUGAAGGACUCAAUCCGCUACUCGGCGCAGCUCGGGUUGGUAACCAUGCAGUAUGCGAACUUUGUCUCGAGGCAGACACGGACGUGAAUCAAACAGAUAAAUGCGGCAACACUGCACUUUCACUGGCUGUAUUGGGUGGACACAUUGAUGUGGUUCGGCUUCUGCUCUUUUGGGGUGCUACUGUGGACGUUAUGGACCCCGGUGGUAGAUCCUUGCUCAGUCUGGCCUCGGCCACUGGCAAUCCAUUAAUCGUGCAAGAGUUGUUGGCUCGCGGUUUGGACGAGGCUCAUCGGGAUCACUCAGGGUGUACUCCACUUCAUUUGGCCGCCGCGGGACCCUCAUCAGCUUCAGUGGUUGGAUACGAACAUGAGGUGCCGGUGGAACAAUACUGUAGUGUUGUCAAAAUUCUUCUGGACAGUGGUGCGCAUUUGGAAGACACGGACAAUUCCGGACGAACUGCUCUCCUGAUUGCCUGUGAAAAUGGCCAAGUGGAGGUAGCGAAAUUGCUCAUCACCUACUCCGCUAAUGCGUCCACCACAUGUUCCAGUCCAUCGCAGUCGGAACCUCCCGCCUCCGUUGCCCUGCCUGAUCAUAUAGGUCUGCAGGCACUAGGAUCCCUGGGAUCGAACCAUCCACCUGUCACUGGUGGUGGUGGUAUCGUGAACCAACCGUCUCUGGAUCAUGAGACACCGUUAAGAGCUGCAGCUUUGGCCAACAACAUCGAUUUGGUAUCGCUCUUAUUGUCCGUCGGAGCUGAUCCGGAUUACCAGGAUUCGUACGGGCGCACCGUGUUGUAUAUGUUGGCUUUGGAGGGCGUACUCGAGGUCGCCGACCUAAUUCUGCGGACUCCUUCUCCUGGAAAGGCCCACUUUCCAACUGGACCCGCCACCAUGUUAGGAGCAAAUCCCGUGUUGGCGGACGACGAAGGUCGAUGUCCAUUACACGUGGCCACUUGGCAGGGACAUUUAGCCAUGGUUCGACUGUUGUUACAAGCCGGCACCCCCGUGGACAUUAGGGAUCGCGAAGGCCGUACCCCACUUCACUUGGCCGCUUGGCAAGGUCAUGUGUCGGUUUGUCACGCACUGCUCAACGAGGCCAAUGCACGUGUCGACGCUGCAUGCUGUCAGGGGGCUACUGCGUUGUGUAUUGCCGCACAAGAAGGUCACCUGGAAGUGUGCACGAUACUCCUCAACGCUGGGGCGAACCCAUACCAAGCGGACAGUCAUGGCCGAACCCCAUACUGCGUGGCACUUAAGGCGAACCACUUCGAGAUUUGCGGAUUGCUUGAAACCGCCUACGGAAUUGGACUUUCCACCAGGCUUGCGUGCUCUGCCGCCAACGCCACCUUCGAUUCCCAUGCUGUUGUGUCCACACAGCCGCAUUUGGAUAGCACAGGCGUAGAGAAAGUUGGAGGAGCAUUGGGCAGGUAUUCAACGUCUGCGGAUGCAUCUGUGGAAUCCAGAUUGAUUGUUCCGUCCUGUUCCACACCCAUAUGUGUGUCGUGUACGAAGGUGGAACGCUUUGCCUAUACACCCCCGACCAAAUUCGAUGACGCUAAUUCGUAUGCCAAACCGCCGGGGCCCGUUGCGUUACGGCAUCCAAUGUACCCUACCGCUGAAAUGUACCAACAGAAUGUAAUCCAACCACUUAUUCCAAAUCACGGUCGAAUAUCCUCGCGAAAGCACUCAGAGCGAUGCGCUCCGGCAUCGGCGCCUACAAGUGAGUCCGAAUCACAUUCGAAGCCUCCAUCCCAGUCGUCUCACUGGGCGAUCGACAUGGUUCACUCGAAUGAUAAACGACGGUAUGCGGGAUGCAGCCGCGUUCAACCACCUAGUCAGCUUGCUAUCAAUCCACAUGGACUCGUUUAUCUUUCUCCCAUAUCCGAGGCAAUGUCAUCCGAAGUCGGGCAGAUGUGUUAUCUACCCUUGGCCGUGAGUUCAACUCCGAAAAUGUGUACGUCUUCUGGUCUCCACUCCCCACCUCGAGCUGCUGCCCCAGUGAACCACAUCCAAAUGGGUGUUGGCUAUUGGGGUGCUGGUCAUUUGAGCCAGCCAGGCUACACACAAGCUUACCAUGCCACUGUUCAGGACAGCGAUUAUCAACAUCACGGUUACGGUGUGUCGGUCAGGAGCCAAGUUCAAAGAAACGCAUUUAACUCAACUCCAACAACACAAUUCACUCAGGCUAACAAAACACCCCAGUUGUACGCACCGUAUGACUGCCCUCCACAAGACUCUCUUCAGUCGGCACUCUACAUGGGCAGAGUCUCGCAUCCACUUCAACCGCAAGGGUCUUCAAACGACGCCAAGUACGUUAGACUUCGUAAGUCACAACAAAAACAAGCCGAGACACAUCCGGCCCGUUAUCAGGGCAAGACAGUGGGUACUCACACUGGUGCGUCACCGACACCGAUGUUGUUCCCUGAGCACUGUGUAAUCAGCCCGACAAAACGGCGAGACAAAAGCGGCCCACCCAUUAGUAUAUCCCCAAGUGAGUUAUCCAAACAACCAGAAGAGUCUAUGAAGCUCCGCGGAUCAUGCGCCUCCGAUUCGCCUCGCCAAGUGCCGCCCAUGGAGAGUAGGGGAGUGUCCGCGAAAGCCGCUUUAGCUGGGAUGUUUGGCCUUGGAGCACGACGAAGUAAGAAAAUAGACAAGAAGAACCAGCUGUCCAAUGCAUCGGGCUGCAGUUCUGUACGGCCAUUUCAAAGUCAGCACCUAAUCCCAUUUAAAAUAUCCUCAUCUUGUGCCCAUACAGGGGACGUUCCUCGACAAGCUAAUCAUCCACGUGCCCUCGUCCCGCAGCAGCGUCCUAACUGGUUGGGCAAUGAAGGGCAACUUUUAACCCCGGGUGCAAUGCAUGCUCGAGAUGGACAAGACUCCUCCCGAACCUCAAACUCUAGCAUCGCUAUCUCUGAAUCGGACAGGUCCGCUUCUGGUUCAGUGCAGUUUGAAGCGAUAGCCAGAAGACUAGCCUGUUGUUCCAUUAUGGAAGAACUCCCUCCACCCUCGAAGACAAACAAUGUCCCAUGUGUGGGGAAAAGCCCUCAACGUGCGGUUAAACCGUGUAGUCCACAGACCUGGACAAACCAGAAUUCGUCAAAAGAAAAACACUGCAGUCACUAAUCACAAAACAUGAACCAAUCGCCUAGCAUCCAUUGGCAACGUUGACUUCAUCAAGAUCCAAUAUACGUUUUGUCCAGAAUCAUUUCAGGUUCAAGACAUAUUAUCUUCAGAUUGUGCUACUUACUAUUUGUUAGUAAUCUGUUUUAAUCACAGAGUUCCUGGGACGAAAUUCCUUUAGAAAUUCAUACGUCCGCCCUAAAGGACGGCUCAUGGAAACGGCAUAACCCACCUGAUGAUCUUGUCAUUUGUACGAAAACGUGUGCUUUCUCAUUUACCCCAAGAAGUUAUGUUCGUGCCUUACAUGAAACUGUAUCGUGUUCACCCUGAAUUAUUGUUAAUAGAAACUCAGAUCGUGAAUUACUGUUGUAUGGAUUGAGAAGACAUAUUCUAACAGCCAUACGGUGGCACUGGUGAGUGGAUAGUUCGCCUAUACAAUUGUUUCUGGGUGUAUUUAACCUAACCGCACCUAAGUCAAACACCUAUUUAGAGAAAUAUAAAGAUACACCAGCGAAAAAUAAAUAAUGCUU